ACGGGUCUGACAGCGUCACGGCGUGUGACAGCGGCGGGGGUCAGGACCACGGCUCGGUCAAAGGCCGGAGAAGGAGUUUGCAGGAGGAGGAAGCAAAUGGACGCCGCGGCAUGGCCGGAGCCUUUGAAAGGAGAUGGCGACAAUCACAGACUGCAAUAUUGUGAAGUCCUUGGAAAAAGAAUUUGAUAUGGUAGAUUACAGUCAGUGGGAGAGAACAGACAGACGUAGAACACGACAAAGUGAGACUCCUUCACUCCCACCUAUCAAAUGGUUACCAGAAGCUCUAGGAAAUCGCUGGAAGAUGGUGAAGAAGGACAAAGUGAAAACAAAACGUCAUGCAGCCCAAGAUCUAAAAAAAACAGAAGCUCGGCUGUGUACAGAGAAGUCCUGUUCAAAGAAAUGCAAUCUUCCCUGGCAUAAAAGAAAAAUUUUAAGGGCAGAUGAUGCCUGCUACAUGGAAAUGAAAGAAAAAAUCAAUAUACUUAAGUAUUUAAUAACAGUCAAGAAGAAGCAGAUGGAUGAAUACAAGGAAUAUAGCAAGAACCUCUCGGAUACUAACAUGAAGCUGUCAGACGAAUUGAAAAAGUUGGAGGAAAAUGCCAUGAAAGAAUCGAGAAGUCUCUUGAUUCGGUAUAGCAAGUUUAAGAAAGGAAUUUCUGGUGUAGGUGAAUGGAAACGGCAGGAAAUUGAAGCAGCAACAGCCGAUCUCAAAGACACUGAGAAAACAUUGAAACAAAAAGCUGAAGAGUUGUAUAGUCAAGUGGAAGAAGUUAACACAAGGAUCCGUAAUGCGCACAUGGAAGUUCAUAUAUUAAAGGAGUUUAGAGACAAAGAGCUCCCUUCGUUUGCUUUGAAAAUUGCACAGCUGGAAAAAGAGAUCCGGAAGCACACACAAAAGUAUCAGGAAGAACUUGCUGAUGUGGAGGAUGUUACACUUGCUCAAAAAAGAAAAAUGGAAAACACAUUGAAAGAGAAGGAACAGGAACUAUUUCACAAGAUCGCUAAGGAGCAUAUCAAUUUCAUGCCUCCGGGGUUUCAAGAGCUAAUUCUUCACAAUGCAAUGAUGAAGAAAGAAAUAGAGAUUCACAAAGAGCUGAACAAAAAUAUGGAAAGGAAUAACUUGGAAUUGCAGCGGAAUUUAUUACACCUACUGAAAUCAAAGAAGGUCUGCAGAGAUGAAAUCUUCACAGACAUUUUAAGUAGCCAGUCAAAGUGCACACCAGACACAGAAGUUGUGUUGGACAUCCCGAGAGAAGAGUGUCUUCCCAUUUAACACCAGAUCCUCGUACUGUGGAAAAAAUAUAGUCGAAAUGGAAACUUUUUUUAAAUCAUAAUUUAUAAUAUGAAGCUCUGCUAAUUGGUCUCAACUAGAUUUACAAAAUGUACGAAGAUUUCUAAUAAAAGCCAAGUAUCAUUUGUGCAGAAGUAAAACAUAUUUGUAAACUAA